AUAUUGAAGACAUGGUGACUGACUUUGAUGAAAAACAUGACGAAUACUUAAUAUCCCUUCAGCAGAGAAACCGGCUACUGAGACGUUUAAAAAGAAAGGAUCCUAUACAAAUCAAACUGGAGCAGUUAGAACAAGGAUUUUCUCUGUAUCUGAAUGGAGCUAAUUCAGAGCUGAGAAAUUACCGCAGAAAAAUCAGCUCACAUGGCUACUUAAAAAAUGAGACAAAGACCACCAGGACAAAUGCAGCGCGGCUAGAAGAGAGUGAGUUGCAAGAACCUGGCACACAGACUGCACCAAGCAAAAUACAACGCAGAGGUUGGCUUCAGAAAGCUGUGGAGAUUAAAACAGAAAGGGGGGCCAAGCUCUGCAUUAAACCUCCUCUUGAGUACUCUGAGGAUUUUGAACCUUAUGAAAGCUUGAGUGUGGAGACAAGCGGUGAUGAUCCUCUCUGUUACUCCCAGAAAUCGAGAAGAAGUUUGGAACUCAGUUUAGAAGAGAAAAGGAUGGAAGAACACUCUCUUAGUGAUGAUUAUGAAUCUGUUGAAGAGGAUUUGUUUUCAGAACCAUCUCCCACCGAGGAAACAAUUGCCAGCUUUGGAGGCCUUCAGUUGCAUAGCAGUAGAUCGCUGCAGAAAGAAGCUUCUGAAGAUCAGGAUGCUGGGAGAUGCUCUGGCCUUGAUUCUGGUGCCCUUACUGUGAUGGAGUUCAACCAGGAUCAAAGUAAAGUGAAGCCACUACGAGUUCUCUCGGCAAAAAGAAAAGAUAAUGCUGAAAUGUACAUUCCUGUUAGACCGAUCGUGGUAAAAAAUAAAAUCUCUCGGCCACUCUCCGCUGAGUUCUUGGAGCGGGAAAGACAUGAAGGAAUUUGUUCUAGACCAUUAAGUCGACCAGAAAGACCACUUUCAGCAGCCCGAAAGAGUGAAUGUGAGAAGGAUCCUGAUCUCUCAGUUUCAGCUGUGGUUAAAGCAAUGCAAAUUGAAAAUGAAGUCUUGCAGAGAGAUCUGCAAAGGCAGACAGUUUCCACAAGCCCUCAAAAGAACAUGUUACGUUUCAGACAACAGAAGAAACUUCUGAAAGUCCUCCAGGAGGCUGAGAGCCAUUCUGCCUGCAAUAAUGACACAUUCCUACCUGACAACAAAUCUGAAGUAGAUUCUGUGUUGAGAGAGAAGGUUUUACGUGAUGCCAUUUAUGUGACUAUGGAACUUCUUUCUAACUGGGGAGAUCCAGUACACGUGGGCCUGAGCGAGGUGGAAUUCUUUGAUUUGUGCAACGAGAAGAUAUUUGUGUCUCCUCAUGAUGUGGACAUUCGAAAUGCUGACAACCGAGGGGAUUUGUGCUGCUUGGUCAAUAAGAACUUAAAUACCACGAAGGAAAGCUUCCUUUGGAUGUGCCCUUUCCAUCCGCCCAUCCAACUUUACUUUGUUAUCCGCAAUCCCGCCCGGUCACGUGACUUUGGUAUAUCCAAGAUCAAGAUUUGGAAUUACAACACAACAGCUCCCUGUGACCUUGAUGUUGGAGCAAAGAAGGUGAAGUUAUACCUUGAUGAGAAUCUUGUAUUCGAUGGUGAACUGGAGAGAGCCUCCGGAGAGCUUCUCACUGACCAUAGCACUACAAUUGACCUUACAGAUCACAAGCAAGAUAUCUCUGUGUGUUCCUCAAAUGAAAGGAAAGAAGUAAGUGCAUCUGCAGUCACACAGAAGAAAGCAGACCUACAUUUAAAAUGCUUACAGUCAGACAAUACUUCACUAAACUGGAAAUCUCUGCCAGAAGAAAAUCUUCUUGAGCAUAAGAUGAACUCAAUCAGCUUUACAAAGAAAAAUUUGUCUGAGUUAGAGGAUGAUCUGAAAGUGUCACCAUCGCAAGUUUGUAUAAAAGAUGCCAAAGAGAAUGCAACAGUACAAGCAGUUACAGAGCAUGUUCAGUCUGACGAUGAACUUACUUUGAGCGAGCAAAUGGAAAAGCUAACAGGAAGAAAAUUGUCUGAUUCUACAAGUGCAAUUCCUUCUUGGUUACAGUCAUCUUCCCAAGUCACAGAGAAUAAUCAAGUUACUUCCAGUAAGCAGAAGCCUCCCUGGCUUGCUACAGAACAUUGUUUAGGCUUGAGAUUACAAACACAGUCAGAUGGAAUAAUGAAAAACUUUGCAGAUCUGACUAAUGAGAAUGUCAAAUGUCAGAGAAACGAGCUGCGAAGAUCCAGCAGUAGAAAUGCAAAUGAAGAUGAGAGAUCACAGAUGUUAACCAGAAAGGAUGAUGGUGCAGGCUUGGACAUUUUGGAGCAACUUUCCAGCAAAAAUUGCUGCAGCUUACCGUACCCUACAUGUGGAAGGAGAAGUGUCAGAUGUGUAAAAAAGGAGGGAUUAAACACUAUAAGUCUUGGAGAAGGUGACUCCGCUUUUAAAGAUGAAGACUUUUCUAUCAAGGACAUGGCAACCUCUAGAGCAAAGUGGCACAAUGAACAAGAACACACUCUGCAGGAGUCCUGGAACUCCUUGGUAAAGUUUAAUUAUUCCCAUCGUGGCCGAAUCUCUAACAUGGAUUUUCAAGGAGAUAUCUUUGAUGAGUUUCUCCAUCAACAGAAAAUCAACCGGCCUGGAGAACAUCACCAAAUGAGAAAAGACGGACUACAAACACUACCAAAAAGGCAAGAAGAAGAAAAUUCUGUGGAAGCAUAUGAUGGAAAUGAUUUCAAAAUCCCUGUUUUACCUUAUGGGCAGCACUUAGUGAUAGACAUUCAGACAACAUGGGGAGACAGACAUUAUGUUGGUCUUAAUGGAAUUGAAGUCUUCAGUUCUAAAGGAGAGCCUGUUCAGAUUUCAAAAAUAACAGCUGAACCACCUGAUAUAAAUAUUUUACCAGCUUAUGGCAACGAUCCCAGAAUAAUAACCAAUGUACUUGAUGGAGUAAAUCGGACGCAGGACGAUAUGCAUCUCUGGCUAGCACCGUUUACCCCUGGAAAACCUCACUUCAUCUUUAUUGACUUCGUGAAUCCCUGUCAAGUAGCCAUGAUUAGGAUUUGGAAUUACAAUAAAUCUCGCAUACACUAUUUCAGAGGCGUGAAAGACAUUAUAAUGGUGUUAGAUGAACAAUGCAUCUUUAAAGGAGAAAUUGCAAAAGCUUCAGGAACCUUGUCCGGAGCUCCAGAGCACUUUGGGGAUACCAUAUUGUUCACUACUGAUGAUGAUAUUCUGGAAGCUAUAUACCACUGUGAUGAGACAUAUCAUGGAGAAAUGGAAAAUUCCAGCUCCUUGAGAUACGAGGAAGAGCUAAAGAGGCCAACAACUGCUGAUAGGGAGGGAGAUGAAAGACCUUUUACACAAGCAGGGUUAAGAACAAUCCUGCAAAAUUUUCUGCUCGAGAUGCCAGACCCUCUCUCUGAAUGUAUACCCAAGGAAUCAGGAAUAUUUACUGGAAAAUGCCUGCAACUGAAUUUCACCAUGACCUGGGGAGACUCUCAUUACCUUGGACUGACGGGACUUGAAGUGAUAGGAAAGAAUGGUCACGCAUUAAAAAUAAGUACAGAACAGAUUUCUGCUUCACCCCAAGACUUAAAUGAUCUUCCAGAGUAUACACGAGAUUCCAGAACAUUAGAAAAGUUAAUAGAUGGGACUAAUAUCACAGUAGAGGAUGACCAUAUGUGGCUCGUUCCCUUCUCUUUUGGAGAAGAUCAUCUGCUCACAAUCCAUUUUGAUAAAAAUGAAAGUAUUGCAGGGCUUCGCUUUUGGAACUAUAAUAAAUCUCCAGAGGAUACCUAUAGAGGGGCUAAGGUAGUCCACGUGUUGCUAGAUGGUCGCAGCAUCUCCCCACCAAACGGCUUUCUGAUCCGAAAGGGACCAGGCAACUGUCAUUUUGACUUUGCCCAAGAAAUUCUCUUUCUUGACUAUCUGCAGCCCCAGCUGAUUAAUAAAGUACAAAGGAGGACUGGUUCAAAGAGAAUGGAACAAGCUAGUAUGGACUAUGAAGCACCGUUAAUGCCAUGUGGUUUUAUUUUCCAGUUUCAGCUUCUGACAAGCUGGGGUGAUCCAUACUACAUUGGUUUGAAUGGACUUGAGUUGUUCAAUGAACAUGGAGAGCAAAUCUUACUAACUGAAAACAAUAUUGCUGCUUUUCCAGACAGCGUCAACAUUUUAGAAGAUGUAUCUGGAGACAUCCGAACUCCAGACAAACUAAUUGACAGAGUAAACGACACAACUGAUGGCAGACACAUGUGGCUUGCACCAGUUCUUCCUGGUUUGGUGAAUAGGGUAUAUGUCAUUUUUGAUGUACCUACUACUGUGUCAAUGAUCAAGUUAUGGAAUUAUGCCAAAACGCCUCAGAGAGGUGUGAAAGAAUUUGGUCUUCUGGUGGAUGACUUGCUUGUGUACAAUGGGAUUCUGGAUAUGGUGAACCAUGUAGUAUCAGGCAUCCUACCAACCUGUGAUCCAGUGGUCCGGUAUCAUACCAUUCUCUUUACAGAUGAUGAGAAGAUUUGCCAUCAGGAGAAGAGAACUGUUAUUAGCAAUCAUGUGGGAGAUCAGGAUGUACGAAUGAUGAAUGAAAAUGAGAUUGUCUCAAACAGCAAAAAGAAGCAGGCUGUGGCUGAUCCAGCUUUGCGUCCAAAAACCUGCAUGUGUGAAAAGGGACUGCAGAGGAGAAAAAGAUAA